AUGGCAGGGACGAACGACUACUACGACAUCGACGCAAUCCUAACAGACCACCAAAAAAUCCCCUCCACCUUCAACUUCGAAAUCCCAGGCCUCGGCUACCUCGAAUCCCCCACCGACCCCAACCAACCCCUCCUAGCCGGCACAAAACUCGACCUCCCCCUCUGGCUCUCCGAACUCCUCGCCAUCCAACAAUUCACCGACCUCCACCUUCCACCCCCCUUCUCCUCCCGCGUCCGCAACGCCCUCAAGGCCGAUCCCAAAAGCGUAGAUUUACGGGCGUGGAGUCCGCAUUUCUAUGGUGUUGGUGUUCGGUUGUUGGGGGUUGUUAGGGAUGAGGAGUUGGUGCAGGUGCUGGAGGCGACGUGGAGGGAGAGGGUUGCGGUUGUUGCUGAUCAUGCGCAAAAUCCGACGGGGGCUAUGGAGGAGGGUGCGGUGUUUUUGAGCGGGUUGGAUGAGAUGGAGAGGCAGUUGUUCAGGAUCGUACAUGAUAGCGCAAAAGCUAUGAAACAAUGGCAGGAUCAGGGCAAGAAGAGCAGCUGAAUAUGAUACGGAGAUCGUACGGGCAUGGAGUUUUGCGGCGUUUUGCAUCUUGGACAUACCCAGCGGAAGUUACGGAGCAUCAAGAUCGAGUAAUAAAUAAUCGUCAUAUCAGAUAAAUCCUACACUAUCCAUCCGUAUAUAUUACAACCGAAGUAGACCGG